AUGUCAUCUAUUAAUUUAAUCAAAUCUCUAAAACUUUACAAGGACAAGAUAUGGUCUUUGGAUUUUUCUCAAGGUAUAUUGGCUACAGGUUCAACUGACCGGAAGAUCAAGCUGGUUAAUGUGAAGAACGAUGAUUUUGCGUUAAUUGAUGUGCUAGAUGACACUGCUCACAAGAAAGCAAUCAGAUCUGUGGCGUGGAGACCCCACACUUCGCUGUUAGCGGCGGGCUCCUUUGAUUCUACGGUCUCCAUCUGGGCUAGAGAAGAGACUGCUGACAGAUCGUUUGAAAUGGACUUAUUAGCCAUCAUCGAAGGCCACGAAAAUGAAGUAAAAGGUGUUGCUUGGUCUAACGAUGGAUAUUAUCUGGCAACUUGUUCCAGAGACAAAAGCGUAUGGAUAUGGGAAACUGAUGAAAAUGGGGAAGAGUAUGAAUGUAUUAGUGUUUUGCAAGAACAUUCGCAGGACGUUAAACAUGUCAUAUGGCAUCCCUCUGAAGCACUACUGGCUUCUAGUUCAUAUGAUGACACUGUUAGGAUAUGGAAGGAUUACGAUGAUGAUUGGGAAUGCGCUGCUGUUUUGAAUGGUCAUGAAGGUACCGUUUGGUCUUCAGAUUUUGACAAGACUGAAGGCGUGCUUAGAUUAUGUAGCGGAAGUGACGAUUCCACUGUACGGGUAUGGAAAUACAUAGGUGACGAUGAAGAUGACCAACAAGAAUGGGUUUGUGAAGCUAUUCUCCCGGAUGUACAUAAAAGACAAGUUUAUAGCGUUGCAUGGGGCUCCAAUGGCCUAAUUGCCAGCGCAGGCGCGGACGGAGUACUAGCCAUCUACGAAGAGGUGGACGGAGAAUGGAGAGUCCUUGCUAGGCACGAAUUAGCCCAUGGUGUCUACGAAGUCAACGUUGUGAAAUGGCUGGAGUUGAAUGGUAAGACUAUACUUGCAACGGGUGGCGAUGACGGAAUCGUGAACUUCUGGUCCUUAGAAAAGCUAACAUAA